AUGCUCAUAUGCUUCGCCUUCAUUUUGACAACAACUGCAUCAGCGUCAGCUCAAACAAUGCAUCGGGGAGGAGUCCAAGUAGAAAGUACAGAAGUCAACAAAUAUAAAGUCUGUUCUGAAGGACACUGCAUUCUCCGAGAAAAACCAUAUGCGACUGAGAGGCUGUUAUUUCCUACAGAAGUGACGAUUCAUACAUAUAGAGUGCAAUGGAAAACUCUGGACGAGAGUCAUGUUAAUGUUGUGAAGCUAUACUGCCCUCCAGCGCCAUUCUGUCAGAUGAUACAAGAAGCAGCACUAAUAGCUUUUAUGAUCUUGUAUACAUUAAAUCGCAGUAACUUACACGCUCUGCUAUGUACCGGUAGUUAUUGGCAAACCAUGUCGAAUAGGAUAUCAGAUCCUUCAACGAGCAGCACGCUGCGGCGGACAGCUCUUGCUCAAGGCUCUCAGAAAGAUAUAUCGCCGAAGAAGAGAUUACGGAAGACCAGACGUUCAAAAAAUGCUCCUCUGCUUGCGGUUGUCUUCGCCAUGGCAAAAGAAUUGACCUGUCAAGAUGUCGAUAUCUUCACCUUGACAACCAAGGUUUACUCAAGAAACUCACCGACUGAAGGAAAAUGUUUAAAAUGUGAAAGAUGUGACAAAAUGUUAGGAAGCGUGUAUUCGGGUAGUCAAAAACGAAGCGAAACUUCGGAAAUAUCGCUUUCUCUGGAGAGGUUUGCAUCUCGAAUGCUAAAAAGAAACGAUAACGUUCAUGAGAAACACAAUCCAGAAAGUUGA